AUGGAGACCUGGGAGAAGAAGGAGAGCGCUACCACCGUGGGGCUCUGCCUGCUCCCCUCCGAGCUGCUUCACGAGAUCUUCUCCCGGCUCGCCCUACCGGACCUGCUGCGCCUCCGUGCCGCCUCGAAGGUCCUCGCAGGCGAGUUCCGCGGCGCGUGCGUCGGCCUCGGCGGCACCUGGCUCUUCCUCUUCAAGAAGCGGCCCCCGCGUGACGCCGUGCUGCGCGGCUUCAACGACCGUGCCGGGCGCUGGUUCCGCUUCCGGGUGGCGACGAUCCUCCGCGCGGCGGCGCCGCCCGGGGACGAUGAUCUCUACUUCCUCGCCGCCGACGGCGACUUCUUCCUCUUCGCCUCCAACGAGCGGCGCGAGCUGAUAGCCGCCAACCUCCGCACCGGCGCCGCCCGCCGGCUCCCCGCGAGCCCCCUCGGUCCCCGCGGCACCUCCUCGUGGCGCCGCCCCGGGCUAAAGCUCCUCGCUGGGCCUUCCGGCACGGAGCACUUCCGCUUCCUCUUCGCCGAGGUGACCCAACAAGGCCCCGUCCUGUUCGAGUACAGCUCCGAGGCCGGCGCCUGGCGCUCCUCCCCGGCGGAGCAGACGGCGGCGCCUCCUCCUCCCGGCGCGGCCCUGCUCAACGCCGCGGCCGGAGAUAGUGCGGUGGUCGUCGGCGCGAGCGGCGAGGGGCGAGCGGUGUUCUUCCGCCCGCGGCUCCCCGAGGCCGGCGACGGGAUGCGCAUCUACGGCGACGGGCACCUCGCCGUGGUCCGGUCGGCGGCAGUGGCGGAGGAGGCGCAUAGGGUGAGGGUGCGGGCGGUGGCGGAGCUGCAGCUCUGGGGGAUGAGCUCCGACGGGGGCAGGUGGGAGAUGGUCGCCGGAGCACCGCCAGAGCUGAUAGAGAUGGCCGGAAGGCCCUACUGCGUGAUGACGGGCUGCUUGGAGGAGGCCGGAGGGGUGGUGACGCUAGUGCUGAUGUCCAACUACAAGGGCAUGUGGGACCUCACCUGGGUGACCUUCGACAAGAAGAUGGGCCGGUGGGGCUCCGUGCCGGUGCCCGACUACGGAGCCAAGGGGCUCAACAUGGCCGGCAUCGCCAUCACCUCCUCCCUUGGCCUCCGCCCGGCGGCGCCGCCGCCGGAGACCACUGCGUGA